AUGGAACAAGUUCAACAACAAAUCCAGGAUACUAAAGAUCAGCUGCAGAGACUGCGUGAGGCCAUUCCACUCCCAUCACCACAGGAGGUGUAUGCGAGGUUCAUCAACCAGUAUUUGGAAGUCGACAGAUGCGCCAAAAAUGUCGCCUCCAUGUCCAGACACAUCCAAACUAUUAGCCUAUCGCAAAAGUCGCUGGAAUGCAGAGCACAUCGCGUCUCCAUCAUUUUACUCAAGAUCGAGAGCCUUCGCAUACGCCUAGCUGCCACCAAACUUCACUUGACCACCUUAGUGGCUUUACCUCCACUGCUCUUCGCCACUGGAGCCAUCACAAAGCCGAUUUGGGACGAAUGGAUGGCGCGACCAUUUUACAACGAUGAGAUGAACCUCCUGUCAACUGACCCCGACAGGGUCAAACUGGGAGCAAAAGAGCUAAUGGCGACUCUCGAUAGGCACAGGGCCUAUUUAUCAGAUCUCCGCGAAUCACUUCAGUUGGAACAAUUAGAAGAAGAAAUCUCAUUCCACGACGAAGUAAGAAAUGCACUCAAGAAUAUACAAGAAACCGUAGAAAAAUUCAUUCGCAAACCAGAUCGGGAGGAGCGCCGCCGCGCAACAACGACACGAUCAGGACCAGCCCGAAGAACCUUAGAAGAGGACGAGGAUAAAGAGCUCGAAAGUGACGAACCAGAAUCAGACGGAGAAGACAUGAGGAACGAAGAAGCUCCGCGCGCGAUUGAGAUAGGAAGUGAGCAAAAGGAAGUGGUGCCAGCUCAACGUCCGAGGCAUGUCAUAGAAGCGGAGUUACUCGAGGAACGUAGAGCGUCAAACCAGGUAGCAAGGAUCACAGAGGACUUGAUGAGCCUCCCAACAUGUCCCCCGCGACGCCGCGGCGGCGGACUUCCAAGAUCAGUAGCUCUGCGAAACCCGCCGAUCAAGUGCGCCUUCUGUCGGGCGACCGGAUCCCACCGAGCGGACGCAUGCACUCGCGUGAGAUCGGUUCGGGAAAGACGCAUACUCGUACAGCAUCAGAAGAAAUGCGGUCGCUGCCUGGAACAGUGUCCUGGGAAUUCUACAUGCCGCAUGUUCCAUGCCAAGUGCAUUUAUUGCAAAAAAGAAGGUCACAAUUCCGCGCUCUGCGAAUUGCCGGAUCAGGUGUUGGAAAACUGCGAUAAACUGGAAAAGGCGCAAAAGCAAGCGGACUGCCACUCCCAACGCAUCAAAGAGCUAGCUGACGAACUACGACGCCAGCACUAA